CGCGUGUGUUAUUGUGAUCUCGUAGUGAUGUCGGUGAGAAUGGCGGCUCCUCUUACACUGGUGCUUCUGCUCAUGAUACACAGUGAGUCAAUGGAGAAUUAUUGUGUGAGUUACGGCUCUCCACACAUCUGUGCACUAAGGGACUCAACAGUGACAAUGAGCUGCACUUACAGAUAUCCUUUUUUACAUUUUGUCUCGAAAGCUUUUUGGACUAAAACACAACUUCAAGGGAUGUAUGGGGAGUAUCCAGAUCUGUCUGAGGACCCUGAAUACAGUCAGAGGCUUCAGUAUCUUGGUGAUAAACAGCAGAAUUGUGACCUCAGACUGAGUCAUGUGACAAAGAAUGAUGAACAUGAGUAUUAUUUCACAUUAACCACUAAUAUAGCUGAAUGGAUUGGCACUCCAGGAGUGCGUCUCUUUGUCACAGAUCUUCAGCUGGAGUCUCCUGAGAGAGUGAAAGAGGGAGAUUCAGUCCGUCUGACAUGUAACAGCAGAUGUAAUCUGACUGACACACCAACAUUCAUCUGGUACAGAAACUCAGAGACAUUGACUAAAGGGAGUGUUCAAAAUGAUCUCGUCUACAGUUCAAUCAGUAGAAGAGAUGCAGGCUACUAUAGCUGUGGUGUGCAGGGACACAAUUACACCUCUCCUGCUGUUUAUCUUGAUGUCAGAUAUUCUCCAGGGAUCCCUGUGAUCUCCAUUAGGGGAUCUGCUGUAAUGAUGGAGGGAGAUUCAGUGACUCUGAGCUGCAGCAGUGACUCAAACCCUCCUGCAGAAAUCAAGUGGUAUAAAGGAAAAAAAUAUAUUGAACGUGGAAAAACCUUCAAGAUCUCAAAGAUCAGCUUCGAUGGCAGUGGAAAAUACAAGUGUGGAGCCAGAAAUGUCCAUGGAGAGAAAUACUCUGAUCCUGUGAUUUUAAACGUCCAGUAUUCACCCAAGAGCGUCUCAGUGUCCAUCAGUGGAUCUGCUGUAAUAAUGUCUGGAGAUUCAGUGACUCUGAGCUGCAGCAGUGACUCAAACCCUCCUGCAGAAAUCAACUGGUUUAAAGGAGAAACACUUGUAGGAUCUAGAAGAAUCUUCAGCAUCUCAAAUAUCAGCUCUGAUGACAAUGGAGAAUACAAGUGUAGAGCCAGAAAUGACCAUGGAGAGAAAUACUCUGAUCCUGUGACUUUAGAUGUCCCGUUUCAUCGAAGUACUAUUACAAGCGUGAUCACAGCAACAUCUGGAGGAUUAUUCAUCAUCAUCAUUAUUAUCACGACCAUACUAUUCGUAAUGUAAGCAAAAUAAGCAGCAUAUACAUAAUACUGACUGUUAAACUAAUGCAGAAUGAUCAGUCUCAGCAGGGAAACUCAGAAUCUCUGCUACCCAGACACUUCUUCCAGCUCCUCAGGGAGGAUACCAAUGCUUUUCAGGCAAGCAGAGAGACAUACAGUAGUCCCUCCAACAUAACCUGGGUCUUGUCCCCAGGACAUGAGACAAGCCUGUCCCUGUGGGACAAGCCUGGAACCCCUGUCUAGAAACGUUGCCUGAGUCACCUCAACAGGCUUCUCUCAAUGUAAAGGAGCAGCGGAUCUACUCCGAACUCCUCCCGGGUGACAGAGCUCCUCACUCUGAGGGUGCACUCUGCCACUCUGUAAAGGAAACUUUUUUCAGCUACUUGUAUCCGAGAUCUUGACCUUUUGGUCAUGAUCAAUGCUUAUGACUAUAUAGGUGAGAGUAGGAAUGCAGACUGACCUUUAAAUCAAGAGGCACAACAAAGCAAUAAAUUGACCACAUUGAUGCUACUGCCAUCAUGUCAGGUUACAUCCUUCCCUCACUAGUGAGCAGACUCCUUAGACACAUGGGGCAAGGAAUUUCCUCCAACUUUUUCAGUUUGAGCAGGAUGGCCUUGGAGGUGCUGAUUCUAACCACUGUCGUGUCACAAUGAGCAACAAAUCAUGCCUAUACGUUCUGAAGGUCCAGCUCCAAUUGAGCCAACAGCACAACAUCAUUUGCAAAUAGCAGAGUUGA